ACACCGCGAGGCGUAAGAGGAAGAUCACAGGAGCAUGCAGAAGUCACCGGGAUCGGGAGUCUAAAAGUCAUCACUCCCACCUGUUUUGGUAAAGAAGAUUGUAGUGAAACAGCUACUCCCUGUUUAUUUCUGUGGAAUCUGUGACAGCUUUGACAGGGCAGCAGCAGGUGUUUCCUCCAGGACACGAAGUGGGAAGAACAGGUGUGCACAGGGCUUCAAAUUGGUCGCCUUCCCGGUCACCGGGACUCUGGGAAGAGCUGGAAGGCAUGGGGUGCCAGAUCCCCGGAGUGAGCGGGUGAAGAUGCAGCUUUCUGAUGGACAGCGCUCAGCAGACGGCCCUGAAACAGGACUCCAGAGCCACUGCAGAGUGGCAAGAACGGCGGGAACAUGAUGAAAUCGAGCUCCGGGCAAAUCAGAGGAGCCUGUCAACUUCCCAGGUGGGACUGCCCCGGGUUACCAGACUGAACUCGGAGCCCCAGGCAGAGCAGCCCGCGAGCGAGCGGAAGGCAGCGGCAGGCAGCGGGCUUUCCAAGAACCUGGGCAUGGCUGGAGGAGGCGCCGCGCGGCCGUGCCAGGCCUUAUCCCUGUUCACCUUUGCGGUCCUCUGCUUAGGGGCCACAGUGAGCCGCACGAAGAGGGCAGAAGAAUGGGAUGAAAGCUCCCUGUCAGUCUUAUCAGACUCGCCCUGGACCAACGUCUCUGGGUCUUGCAAGGGCAGAUGCUUUGAACUUGAAGAGGUCGGGCCCCCAGACUGUCGCUGUGACAACCUGUGUAAGAGCUACAGCAGCUGCUGCCAGGACUUCGAUGAGCUCUGCUUGAAGACGGCUCGCGGCUGGGAGUGCACCAAGGACAGAUGCGGAGAAGCCCGGGACGAGGAGCACGCGUGCCACUGCUCAGAGGACUGCCUGGCCCGGGGAGACUGCUGCACCAACUACCAAGUGGUCUGCAAAGGAGAAUCUCACUGGGUGGAUGAUGACUGCGAGGAGCUCAAGGCCCCCGAGUGUCCUGCAGGGUUUGCCCGGCCCCCGCUCAUCAUCUUCUCCGUGGAUGGGUUCCGUGCAUCCUACAUGAAGAAGGGCAGCAAGGUGAUGCCCAACAUCGAGAAGCUGCGGUCCUGCGGUACACAUUCCCCCUACAUGAGGCCCGUGUACCCGACUAAGACCUUCCCGAACUUGUACACGUUGGCUACCGGCCUGUAUCCAGAGUCGCACGGGAUUGUGGGCAACUCCAUGUACGACCCUGUGUUCGAUGCUACCUUCCACCUUCGAGGGCGGGAGAAAUUUAACCAUCGCUGGUGGGGAGGUCAGCCGCUGUGGAUCACAGCUGCCAAGCAAGGGGUUCGUGCUGGAACAUUCUUCUGGUCCGUCGCCAUCCCUCACGAGCGGAGGAUACUCACCAUCCUGCAGUGGCUCUCCCUGCCAGACAAUGAGAGGCCGUCUGUCUACGCCUUCUAUUCUGAACAGCCUGACUUAUCUGGACACAAGUACGGCCCCUUCGGCCCUGAGGAGAGUAGUUAUGGCUCACCUCUUACUCCGGCUAAGAGACCUAAGAGGAAAGUUGCCCCUAAGAGGAGACAGGAAAGACCAGUUGCUCCUCCAAAGAAAAGAAGAAGAAAAUUACAUAGGAUGGAUCAUUAUGCAGCGGAAACUCGUCAGGACAAAAUGACAAACCCUCUGAGGGACAUUGACAAAACCAUGGGGCAACUCAUGGAUGGGCUGAAGCAACUCAAGCUGCAUCGCUGUGUGAAUGUCAUCUUUGUGGGGGACCACGGAAUGGAGGAUGUCACCUGUGAAAGAACUGAGUUUCUGAGCAAUUACCUGACCAACGUGGAUGAUAUUACCUUAGUGCCUGGAACUCUGGGAAGAAUCCGGUCCAAAUUUAGCAAUAAUGCUAAAUACGACCCUAAAGUCAUCAUGGCUAACCUCACGUGUAAAAAGCCAGACCAGCACUUCAAGCCUUACCUGAAGCAGCACCUCCCGAAACGUCUGCACUAUGCCAACAACAGGAGGAUCGAGGACAUCCACUUGCUGGUGGAGCGCAGGUGGCACGUGGCCAGCAGGAAAUCUUUGGAUGUUUAUAGGAAAUCUACCGGAAAAUGUUUUUUCCAGGGGGACCACGGAUUUGAUAACAAGGUCAACAGCAUGCAGACUGUUUUUGUAGGUUAUGGCCCAACAUUUAAAUACAAGACUAAAGUGCCUCCGUUUGAAAACAUUGAGCUUUACAAUGUCAUGUGUGAUCUCCUGGGAUUAAAGCCAGCUCCUAACAAUGGAACCCACGGGAGCUUGAAUCACCUCCUUCGAAGCAACAUCUUCCGGCCAGCCAUGCCGGAGGAAGUCACCAGGCCCAGCUACCCGGGGAUCAUGUACCUCCAGUCUGACUUCAACCUGGGCUGCACCUGUGAUGAUAAGAACAAAUUGGAUGAACUCAAUAAACGCCCUCACACCAAAGGGUCCACUGAAGCUGAAACCAGGAAAUUCAGAAGCAGCAAAAAUGAAAACAAGGAAAACAUUAAUGGAAGUUUCGAACCUAGAAAAGAGAGACAUCUCCUCUACGGACGACCUGCAGUGCUUUACCGGACCAGAUAUGACGUCUUGUAUCACACUGACUUCGAAAGUGGUUAUAGCGAGAUAUCCCUGAUGCCGCUCUGGACUUCGUACACCGUUUCCAAACAGGCUGAGGUCUCUCUUAUCCCUGAGCACCUGGCCAGCUGCGUCCGCCCUGACGUCCGCAUCUCCCCAGGCAUCAGUCAGAGCUGCCUGGCCUACAAGAACGACAAGCAGAUGUCCUACGGCUUCCUCUUCCCACCCUAUCUGAGCUCUUCUCCAGAAGCUAAAUAUGAUGCAUUCCUUGUGACCAAUAUGGUGCCAAUGUACCCUGCCUUUAAACGAGUAUGGAGUUAUUUCCAAAGAGUAUUGGUGAAGAAAUAUGCUUCAGAAAGAAAUGGAGUUAAUGUGAUAAGCGGACCAAUCUUUGACUAUGAUUAUGAUGGCCUACACGACACAGAGGAGAAGACCACGCAGUACGUGGAGGGCAGCUCCAUUCCGGUGCCGACUCACUACUACAGCAUCCUCACCAGCUGCUUGGACUUCACUCAGCCGGCCGACAAGUGUGACGGGCCCCUGUCCGUGUCCUCCUUCAUCCUGCCCCACCGCCCCGACAACGACGAAAGCUGCAACAGCUCAGAGGAUGAGUCGAGAUGGGUAGAAGACCUCAUGAAGAUGCAUACAGCUCGUGUGCGGGACAUCGAACAGCUCACCGGUCUGGAUUUCUUCCGAAAGACCAGCCGCAGCUAUCCAGAAAUCCUGGCCCUCAAGACAUACCUGCAUACGUACGAGAGCGAGAUUUAGCUUCCCAGUCACAAGCCGUGCAGCCUUACCACCUGGUGUAUAUUUUUAUAUUGUGUUUGUAUUUAUUAAUUUGAACCAAGACAUUAAAAAGCCUUAGUAUUUUAAUCCUGUACCAAAUCUGACAUAUUAAGCUUGAAUGACUCCACUGUCUUUCUCUAAUGCUUGAUUUAGGUAGCCUUGUGUUCCAAGUAGAGCUUGUAAUAAAUACUGCAGCUUGAGUUUUUAGUGGAAGCUUCUAAAUGGUGCUGCAGAUUGAAUAUGUGCAUUGAGGAAAUAUUAAUUUUCCAGUGCACAGUUGCCACAGUUAGUCCUGUACUGUAUCGAAAUACUGAUUUUGUAAAGUUGCAUUCAUUUGCUGUUAACUAUGACAGACAUAUUUAAGCCUUAUAGACCAAUCUUAAAUAUAAUAAAUCACACAUUCAGUUUUU